CGUACGUGCAGCAGUGGACCUGAGUCUCCUCCGUGAGCCCUCUGCUAAUUUUUUGGUAUUUUUGGUGGAGGAUACGUCUCUACAGUCCAUCACCAUCAUGAAACUAGUCAGGUUUUUGAUGAAGCUCAGUCAUGAGACGGUGACCAUUGAGCUGAAGAAUGGCACCCAGGUCCACGGUACCAUUACAGGUGUUGACGUGAGCAUGAACACCCACCUGAAGGCGGUUAAAAUGACCCUGAAAAACAGGGAGCCCACUCAGCUUGAGUCACUGAGUAUCCGUGGCAACAAUAUCCGCUAUUUUAUCCUGCCUGACAGCCUGCCACUGGACACGUUGCUGGUUGACAUUGAACCGAAGAUCAAGUCCAAGAAGAGAGAAGCAGUGGCUGGUCGAGGUCGAGGCAGAGGACGAGGACGUGGACGGGGAAGGGGACGAGGACGAGGCGGCCCGAGGAGAUGAUCACAGGGCUAUUGAGUCUCUAGUCACCACCUCGCUGUUUUUGUACAGGAUUUUUUCUUUUCCACAGGAAACGUUUUGUGAAUUUCAGUGUGUUUUUCUCUAUUUUCCCUUUUUAUUUUGUACAUUAAAAUGCUCCUUAUGAAGCAGA